UCCUCGCCAGCGCCGCUUUGGCAACGAAGAGUCAAUCAGAAACGUCGGCCGAGGUUAGGAAGUGUCUGCCGACCAGCCAGCUCAGCGGUCGGAGACCGUCGACGCUUCGCGACGGACGCCCCAGAAGCCUUCGAGUAAGCCCCGCGCGAAGACGACCUUACGCGAGGACCGCAUCCCAUUCGCUGAACUCUCGUCAUCGGAAGAUUUCACUCCGGAUGCUGCGAUCCUGAGACAACGACGACGUUUCAGCGCGAGUGUGUGGAACUCAACGCUCCGCCACAAGGCCGCAGAAGGAUCGACUCCCCGAUACUGAACGCACGUUUCGCGCUGUGUUUGGUCGUACGCGCGUACGAGGGUCGUCGGCUGGCUUGAUGUGCUACGGGAGUCGCUCUCCGCGCAGGCGCUGAAGAAACGCGGUCACCACCGCGGCGAAUGACAAAAGUUGUACUUGGGAAGCGCGCGAUUCGCGGUGUUGCGUUGCAUCUCUUACGAACGUGCGGAGUCACACGCGCGUAGGGAUUUCGAAAAAAAAAUAAUAAAACGGCCUCUCACCCGGUUGCCUAGCAGUGCCGACGGUGUAGCGAAGAUAGUGCCGCCGCAUACAUCUGUGCCAAGGUUUUGCCGGAGAGGAAGAGGAGAAGAAAGAAACGAAAAAAGUUCCCGCCGGAAUUGUAGGAGAAAAACUCAACUCGUCUCGCAUCGGCGUUCGGAACUUCAGCUACAGGGCACCACGUGGCGACAACUUACAUAAGCUGCAGCCAAGCCGACACCCCCCCUACGUCGUGAUGCGCUCGCAGUCCGGCGGUGCCAGCACAAUGGCCCUAAGCCAGAGAAGCAGCUGUGUGUGCCCAGCGUGCAAGCGAAGUGACGGACCGAGCGCUACCACGCACGCAUAGUGCGCCUCGCUUCCGCCUCCCUUGGCUCUAAUCGCCAGUGGCCAACUCUGUGCUGUGUUUGCCCGCACCGUGCACGGUUUACCGGCUCUUCCCGACGGCUCGGAGAUUCGCUGCUACAUCGCAGGCAGCUAGAAACCAGCGGGAAGGACCUCUCAAGCGACAAGAUGAACCAUAAUGGCACUCAGAAGCAGCCAUGGACCAUCGACCGGGCGACGUCAGAAUUGCCCCGGUCCGACGCGAAGACGAACGGCAAUGCCGCUCCGGCCGCUGGCCGCGUCCCUGGUGGCGGCGGUGCCGAUGGCGAGCUCCAAGAGGAGCGUGACUACAUGUGCGGCAUCGGCAGCUGCUACCCGCGGAUCCUGCAGCGACUCGCCACCCCUAGAAUGUUCUUCAUCGUCUACAGCAUCAUGGGCAUCUUGCAGGGUGCGUACAAGACGUACUUCGUGGGCACGCUGUCGACCAUCGAGAGGCGCUUCGCGAUGUCCAGCCAGACGACGGGCAUCAUCCUGAUCGCGGACAACCUGAGUCCCAUCAUCAUCAACCUGCUGGCCGGCUACUACGCGAACCGCAUCAGCCGGCCCAAGAUCAUGGGCAUGGGCGCACUCAUCGUGGUGCUCAGCUGCUUCAUCAGCAUCGUGCCCUACAUGAUCUACGGACCGGGACUGCACAUCCUCUCAAACACCGCGCACGCACUGGGAGCCAGAAAACGCAGUCCCGACAGCCUGCUGUGCAACUCGGCGAUGACUGGACACCGCGAAUGCUCGGGCCCCUCAAUGGCGGACAGCUACACGCCCUUCGCACUCUUCUUCGUCGCAAACUUUCUGAAUGGGUUCGGCGCAUCCACCUUCUUCAUCGCAGGCAGCAGCUACAUGGACGACAAUAUACGCAAGAAGAACUCGCCCUUGUACUUCGGCAUGGGACUCGCCUUCAGACUGCUCGGUCCCGUUGUCGGAUUUCUGACAGCCGGGAUAUGCCUCCGCUUUUACGAAGACCCUUUCCACAAUCCAGGCAUCUCGCCGAAAGACCCCCGUUGGGUGGGCGCCUGGUGGAUGGGCUACAUACUGUUCGCCGUUGGCCUCACCGUAGUUUCACUGCCCAUGAUGAUGUUCCCGCGCAUCCUGCCGGCAGGCAAGAACUACAAAGUGAACCGCAUGCAGAGGCUUUCUGUGGUGAAGGCGAACAAGACAGCCAAGGGCGCUGAAGGAACGGGCCAGCAUGGCUUCAGCAUCGCCAUGAUGAAAGACAUCAUAGUGAUCGUGAAGCGGUUGGUCCGUAACCCCAUCUUCAUGUUCCACACAAUCGGCCUGGUGUUCGUCUUUCUCGCAACAGCCGGCUUUGGCACCUCGUUCAGCAAGUACGUCGAAUUCCAGUUCAGGCAAUCGGCUUCCAAGGCCAACUACUACACAGGGGCGGCCAAGGUGGUGACGAAUAUCGUAGGAAUCUUAGUCGGUGGCGUCGUCAUACACCGGUUCCGGCCAGGCCCACGUGUUGUGGCCGGCUACUCGGCAUUCGUCGAGGUGGUCAUGAUGGCAGGCUUCGUCGCCAUGAUGUUCAUUGGCUGCGAGAGCCCCACCAUAGCUGGCGUCACUCCUGGCAGUAACCUCAGCGCGACUUCUUUGCUGGAGAAGUGCAAUGUGGAUUGCAAUUGCAACACACAGAUAUACGAGCCCGUGUGCUCGAGCAACAAAAUGAUGAGCUACUUCUCACCCUGCCAUGCCGGCUGUAGGACUACGGGUACAUCUCCAAUGAACGGCACUACAAGGAGUGGAUGUACAGAUGACAUCAGUUGUCCGGCUGAAAGGACAAACAUAUGGGGUUGGUACCAGGGAGUGGACGACUCCUAUGUGACGUCGGGGCUUUGCGGCGACACAUGUCAGAAGUUGGGCCUUUUCUUGGGCAUAGUGAUCGCCGGCCAGUUUCUUGGCUCCACGGGUCGCGUAGGAGGCCUGCUGAUAUUCCUCAGAUGUGUCGACCCUAUCGACAAGAGCAUGGCGAUGGGGACUACUGGUUCUAUCUUGCACAUGCUUGCUUUCAUACCCUAUCCCCUAUACGGAGCCAUCCUGGACCACUCGUGCAUGAUCUGGGAAGAGAAAUGUGGCCGACGUGGAAACUGCUGGGUGUACGAUCCAGACAAGCUACGAUACACCCUGCAUCUUGUAACUAUCGUCUUUCUGGCCAUCGCCGGAGUCUGCUACAUUCAGUUCCUGCUAAGCGGACGCAUCAAACGCUUCUACGAGGAUGACCUCGCCGAUGACAGCAGCAGCAGUGACGGUCAAGACCAGUAUGAGAGCAAAGCCGCGAUCAACGAGGCAUUCUCAGUUGAGAGCAUACACAAGUCUGAUGAGAAGCCAGAGGCCACCAGAUUUUGAUCUUGAGAGACAGUGAAGGAAUAAUGCUCAAGAUGAAUACCUUGUGUAAGACUGAAGCUUAACAAGAAAGUGGCGCCGAUUGAUUCUCCAAACAAGGAGACUGUGAGUGUGUCGAGUUGUCCAGGAAAAAAACCUGAACGACACAUCUUUCUGACAGGCUUUGGUCUGCACGAGACAUCAAGGAUAUCAAGUGUAAGAUGUCAGUAGACUGGCUAGGGCUCGGUAAAAGGAUCCCUGUGCUACGAAGAGACGUCAAACUUCACCAAAUUCAUGCUCCAGAACUGAGAUUUCUUCCCUGUGUAAGUAAAUAUCAAGAAGAAAAUACACAUGAAAUGAUAAAACUAAGGGGAGUAUAUUCAAACAUGUUGAUCUUGCCAUAAUGCUUGUUCGAAAGGAAGACAUCGCUAGCAAAUAAACAAGGUAUUUUAAGAAUGGAGAUGUGACACCACUCUGUACGAAAGUGGACUAUGGCAUACAAUAUGUAGGCAUUCAGUCUGUGCUAUCAGAGCAAGUGGACAAUGCCACCGGUCCAGAACAUUUUGUGAAAAGAACUGAAUUGGGCAACUGCAGCUAUGUGCCCAUACAUUUUUACCAGUCGAUGUUACCACAUUAUGGAAAGGCAAUGAUGUGAACAUGACUUUACCACAUUCUUAAUAUGGUACUGGAAUGUGCAAUGUGCGUGUAGCUAACUCAAUGCAAUGAGAAGGAAUAAAAAGCAAUAAAUUCUUACACAAGCAUGAUAUUAAAAAUCAGUUUUGGACAGGAACAUUAACUAACUGAGUCCUGCAGUGCCUACCAUUAGUCAGUUUCUGAAUUUACUAAAGAAAACAGAUGCCAAGUGCUACUUCUAGCCUGGCUUCACACGAAGUUCCUUUAAACAUGACCUUUACACUACAAUUAGAAUUCAAAUAACUUUACUCAGUAGAAACUGCAUAGAAGAGACUGUUGGCGAUGGGCCCAUAAUGUAGCCAAUAUGUAGGCCCUGUAGGUAUUUGUCCUAUUCAGUAAACAAGGUGUUACCAUAACUUUCAAGACCCAAGUGUGUGAAGACAUUACAAUGGAACAUAUAUUGCUCAUCUGCCUUUUUUUGUUAUGCAUUUUACAGAAUCAUGCUAAUAGAGUGCACUUGAACCAGUGUUGUGAAGUACAGGAUGAUUCCUCACUUCAGCGCCAAGCACCUGGACAUUCUUCAAGAAGUGAUCCUUCGAAUAACCUUCCGAGUGUGACGAUAUACACUACAGACAAUGUUUGAAGUGCAGUGCAAAGAUUGUGAUAUGUGUACACACAAUGAACCGAGUGGACCAGAUGUGCCUAGAGUUUGUUCAAUGCCCAUGAGUGACUGGCCAGAUUCGCAAAGCUAUUCACUCAAAAGGUUUCCUUGUCAAUGUGAAGUUCUCUUGCUACAAUCUGAAUGAUUAUCUUUGCUGAACCGCAUGUAUCCUUAUGUAUGAAUCUUCUGUAUGAACAGCUUUGCAAAGAUGAUUGCUGUUUCUGCGUGAUGUCCUUUGCAAUCUUUGGAGAGUGAAAACAACAGGUAAAAUUUUUAUUACAAUACUGCUCUAAAUACACUUGUUUUUGCUUCUGAAAAAUUAAGACAACCCAAGGCAAUAUUCAGGGUGCCGGCCUUCCACGGCUGGAUAUAUUUUUGCAGCAAAUAAACAAACUUUAUUACAA